GGGAGCAAAGCUGAUUGACAGCGGCCGCAAGAAGGUUGUACACCGCGUCGCGCACUCAUCACCUCUUGCUACUCCGAGAGAAACGUGAAAGGAACACACAAAACCCCCCCUCCUCUUGUCUCGACAUCGGCUGGGAAGUCAGUUGUAUAGCAGACGUUGAGCCUCGCGCAUGUUGGGAAAACUUGUUGGCGCUCUGAGUGUUACUUCUGCUUCGACCACGGACAGACUCGGUUACAAGUAGGCCUACAUCGGUUGUUGUUGGGUUUUUUUUUACAAGUUGUGGCUGUCAUUGGAUAAACAGUCUACGGCUUUAUUUUUGUAUGGAUAUAAUGAUUCUUUUGGAUUAUCACAUUUAAAUGACGUGCUAUUUUCAUCAGUAUUAAAUCGAAAUUGGAUACAGUGUCUAUCUUGGAAUAUUAUCUAUUUCAUAAGAUCUAGAUUCUAGAUCCACUUCUAGAGUUUACUAAAAUCUUCCAACACUGUGCGUGGAUUGUUAUUACCUAACGGAUGCUACUCAAUACAUUGGACGUCUGAUUACUUUUUGUGUUUUUCUAAAAAGUUUGAACUUAUCUGGAAUAAAUGACGUCCUCAUCUUCAGGAUUGACCAUGCUGACCUCGGGUGUUAGUCAGUACCUGCACCCGGACUAUCUUCAACCACUGCCAACAACAUUGGAUGCAAAGAAAAGUCCCUUGGCUCUUCUGGCACAAACAUGCAGCGCCAUCGGGAAAGACACAUCGCCCUCCAAGCCUAUCAUACCCCCACUGGACAGGAAAGACGUGGAGAAAUCUGACAGAGAUUGUGAUUCGUCUGCCAACAAAAGACCUGGCUCUCAUGGAGCCAAAGAUUCGGGUAGAGACUCCAAACCAGGGUUCAGAACAUUUCCGCCCAAAGAAAUCCCUCCGUUGGUUCCCAUCAGUUCCAGCGAGAAAAGAUCAGCAUCCAGCAUCGAGCCAAAAUCCUCAACCUCUCCCAAUGGAAACAACGGUAUGAAUCUAUCGAGCUCAUCAUCGUCUUCGUCUUCCAGGCCCGUCUCAGCAGGAGGUCAUCACUCCAUGGGUGGGCAAAGGUCAAGCUCCAGGAGCAGUAAUGGAAAGUCUGAAAUGUCUUUGGGUAGUGACCACCAUCAGCACAGUAGCAGCGGAAGUCAUCACCACUCACAUCACAAGAACCGGGACUCACCAGCGUCCUCGGGAUCUAAUUCUCACACUAACACGUCCUCGCCAUCUUUCUCAAAGCCUAUUAGCUCUCACUCAACAUCUGUGAUGCAGUCAUCCCCCUUGAGCAGUUCGUCCAAGCUCUCUUCAUCGCACCAGUCCAUGCUCGGGGCUCUUCCCUCCGCCGCCCAUCUGGCUGGCUACCCGAGUCACCUGGCGCUGAUGACACAUGGGCUGGACGCAGCGAGCUCCAGCUACCACAGUGCAUUAGCCGCCCAUUCCAGCUUGUCCAGCUACACUGCUGCCGCCGCAGCCGCACAGUCAUCUGCCCUGAAGGCAGCUGCCGCCGGCAACCCCUCUGCGUUGUCUUCCUUUGUCACCUACGCCAGAGUAAGGACGCCGUCGGGAGCGACGACACUUGUACCCGUCUGUCGCGACCCGUACUGCACAAACUGUCAGCUCACCUUGCAAAACUCACACUUAUCUUCCACGUGCAAUGCGCCUGGAUGUGCACAGUGCGCCCAUGAGAAGUCCUUAACCAGCCUUUCAGCAUUAGGCCUCCACGGAGCUGGAGCUUCAUCCAUGCUCAUGCCAUCAUUGUCUUCAGCAAGCUCCUUGUCCUCAAUGUCAGCCCUGUCCUCUCUCCAUUCUCUGUACCCCCACAGCGCACUAGCUGCUGCGGCAGCAGCUCACCAAGGACUUCCCUAUAUAUGCAAUUGGGUAUCCGGCAAUGACUACUGUGGUAAAAGGUUCACUUCUUCUGAAGAGCUCCUCCAGCAUCUGAGAACCCAUACAUCAUCCAUGGACGUUUCUACGCUAGCGGCUUCCUACGCUGGGCUGGGCCUUCCCUCCUUGGCUGCAGCCUACCCUCACCUUUCUGCCCCUCUGAGCCCUAACUCCCUCCGCAGGUCUUAUCCAACGAGCUUAAGCCCAGUGUCCAGCAUUCUAGGGGCCAGUAGGUACCACCCUUACAAGAACCCUUUGUCUGCUGUGGGUGGCACUCCCCCGACGCCACAGUCCUUCCCAGUGGGGCCAUAUUACUCCCCGUACACACUUUACGGACAAAGACUCGGGGCUGCUGUUGUGCCGUGACUAUACUCAGACGGGGAUAGGUCUCAGGAUCCACCCUCUGCUUCAUUGUGAUCUACUAACUGUGUUUGGUGACUUAUUUCUAUGUUUUAGCGUUUUAUUACCCCCCUCACUGGAUGAAGACUCUGUUCUCACACAAUCAUCACUGGACACUUCGGACACAUUUUAUUUAUUUCUUAUAUCUUAUGCUUCGAUCAUUUUAUCUUCACGCCAACAUUAGCAAACAUAAAUUAUGGUUUUAGUUCAUUACAUGGAAGAGAAUUCUCACGCUGCAAGAGCAGGCUGCUCACCUUUAACAUCUAUCUCCUUUUUCUCUUCCCCCCCCCCUCCUUCAUCAAGAGUUAAACUUUUCAGUUCUUAUUUGUUUUUGUCCUCAAGGGGAAGUGAAUUUAGUGGCUUCCAAAAUGAAAUUGAAAAAUAAACAUGGAAACAAUAAAGGACGCACUUUAUUUAAAACUUAUGACUCCGACUGUAACACAAGGCACAAGUUUUGCUAUUUCUUCUCUAACAAAUGUUUUGAGUCCUGUGCAAUGUUGCCAACGAUAUACAUUGUUAGCCAGAUCAUGUCUUUUAACUCAAUAUCCUGUUAGCAAGAUUAUGGCUUAACAUAAACCCUAACCUUGGCAGAAUGACACAUCUAGUUAACAAAGUCCUGAUUCUGGUUUUAUGUCACACAUGACAUAACACACCUUGUAACACACUCUGCUAGGUGGGGGAGGGGGGGGGGUAACCCAAUACCCAAAAUACUUUAAAAAGCCCAUUUUUAUAUCACUGAUCUUUUAUUUAAUACUAACAAAGCUAUGUUUAUUUAUCUUGUUCAAAUUGCGAAUACUUACUUCUUGAUUUAAAAUUUGACAAUUUUAAUGACUGCUACAUUAUGUUGACCAAUCAAAAGCUGUUCAAUUGUUUUGAAGUUUAAAUUAGAUCUUGUUUGAACCUGUUGAGAGUCAGAGGGUCUAAAUAACGCAGUCUCAUUGCAUUCAUUAGCCCACUUGUGUUUGUUCGGGUUGGAUUUUUUUAUAUUUUUUUUUUUGAAUUUCCUGCCAACUAUCAAAACAAACUUCCAAGUUAUUCAGAUGCAAUUUUUUUAAAACAUGAAAUGACUGCAAUCAUAUUUGACUUGUGUGAAAUGACUGCAAUCAUAUUUGGUUUGUGUGAAAUGACUGCGAUUAUGUUUUUAUUACAAUGUUCAUAAAUUGCCGCCAUGUCUGACUUGUGAAUAUGAAUGAAGGGUAUUUUGUAUUUAAAAUAAAACAGCUCUUUGUUUCAUGUAUAUAUUUGUUCUUCUUCUUACAGAGCUGUUUAGAAAUACUAUGUUAUACUUGAACUUUAUUAUUUAUAUCUUACGUCUUUUAAGGCCCGAAUUAUUGUGUGAGAUUCAAUCUCAUUGAGCCCCACAUGAUUGGGACAGAUGAAACGUCUCUGGGACACAAUGCUUGUGUGAAUUUAAAGUCUCUGAGACCCAAUGAUUGAGACAGAUUUAAAGUCCCAAUGAUUGUGUGAAUUUAAUGUCCCUGAGACCCAAUGAUUGUGUGAAAAAUUACUUCGAAGCUGUGAAUUUAUUUUUUUUCCCUUACUUUAUUUUAAGUAUUCAAAUUGGAGUAAUUCUUUAUGUUUGGAGUGCGUUCUGCUAUCUACAAUGUAUUUGAUUAGUUGAAUGAGCUGCUGAGUGACGUCAUAAAGACGGUAAAAAAAAAAGGAAAUUUUUAAUUAAAUAAAAUUAUCAUAUAAAUUA